UAUCCGUUUUACAUGAACGUGCAAAAGUGCACAUUUGACCGGAAAUAUCAGGAGUACAUGAAGAAUCCUCGUUCCUCGUAAUGCUGGAUCGUUAACAUGUAAUGUGUAACGCAGCAACGAUGGGAAUUGGAAUUGAUAUUUAAAAUGCAAUACAUGUGGUUUGAUCCAAUAAAGUGUUAACAUUUUAGAUGAGAAUUCAUUAAAUAAUCAACAUGCACAACAUUAAUGUUUUUAGAGGCUAGUAAAUAUAUAUUAGACUUUGAUUUAUCAAUUUUUGAUAUUUAUAAACUUUAUAUUUAGAGCACGCUAUAAAUCGCGCAACGUAAUGCUGCAACUUUAUUGUUGCUGUUACAUUAUGAUAUAAUUAUCCCUAUUUUUAUAACAUGUAGUAUAUAAAGAUAUAGUCAUAUCUUAUUUUAAAGAUAUAAUAAGCACCUUGUUGUGAUAUUUGCAAAUAUCAUUAUCUGAUUGUUUUCAUUGUAGUAUCAUCUUAUAAUCGUACGGAUACAAUAUUUACUUUACGUUGCUAUUAUUAGUUUGCAAGCAAAAGUGAUCAAGUCAUUAUCGUAGAGUUUAACGCCGUUAUCAGUUCGAAGAUUUCCCAGACGCAUCAAAUAUUGUAAUAGGAGUGUAUGAAGAACUGAUAGGUUGUAAUUGCACUUUAUUGCAUUUUGCGUUUAUAAAUACAUUUGCCGCAAAAUUUAGAUAUUCGGUCACUACAAUAGUAAGUUGUUCAUUACAUAAACAUAAUUCUUUAAAGUCUUUUCAAUUUACCUACUUGUAUGUAAAUACAUGCAAAUAAUGUAUUUAAGCACUCAUGGAUAUUUAAUUCAUAGCAUAAUGUUGAAUAAUAUGAUAUAAUUGAAUUAAUUAUUAAUAAUUACACAUCGUUUUAUUAUACUAGAAACGCUUUUUUUUAUAUUUUCGCUAGCUUUUGUUGACUGUUACGUGUAACAAUAUUUACUUUGUCAAGUGCACUAUAUCAAGUGUUUCAGCUUUAUGACAUGCUAUUGAAAUAGAGGGUAAACAUAAUCGAGUUAACCAUUUCAAUUUAUUCGUCGCAUAUUUAAACUCCAAUUUGAUGAAAUCAUGCCAUUGCGUACGAUGCGCCUGAAUGCGCUUGAAAUGCCCCGCUAUUUGUUUUCCUUCCGAUCAUGAUAUACAUUCACCACUCGCGAAAUAACACGUCACGACGCAUCGCAAUUUAAUCGGGCGUGAGAAGAUCUCUAAUCUUAGUUCGAUGAAUCCACGAACAAUCUAAUUAUAGUAUCGCCUUUUAUGGUGUCUUCCUUACAAGCAGUACAACAAACGCGUGCGUACGCGCUAACGUACGUUCAAGAUGUUACGUCUACUUCAUUCAGAAGUUUUUGUCACCAACUCCGUCAUCCCGACGAGAAAGUAUUGACCAUCUGACGUCAAGAUCCCUCAUGGUUUACCAGAAAUCAUUAGAAUUGUUUUCAAUUAACAGACACUGUUUUCGUGCUCGCUCAUAUACAGUGAAAUCAUUUUAUCUCUGUAAUGCAGUAAAGCACAUUUUUAUGGUAUAAAAUUGUUAAAAAUUAUACUGCGCGCGCAUAUACAUUGCACUUUUUGGAAUCCGUGUAACGAAUCCCGAAAUAGCGGAUGCAAUGAGCGUGAAGUCGAUGCCUUUUCUUAUAAAUAUUUUCAGCACCAUUCUUUUCGCUUCCAAGUAUAGCAUCUCCACGGAUCCUUUGGACAACAAUCAUUAAGGCCGUCACGAAUGGGAAACCAAUUAUUUUAAGGAUGACGAGUGUCGGUCACGGAUCUCCAGUGAUGCGUCUGAUGACACGGUAUUCCCAUUUGAUUCAUAAUGCAAAUACGACGGUGUUUGCGUCUGAAUAGCGCGCAUGGCAUCCGAGAGAUUCCUGACGGAAUUGCGCGUACUUCCGACGCACAUGCAGACGCCAUAAAUGCGUGACGACAGGUACCGUUCAUGUUUCGGGGAAAAUAUAAACGUUCAUGAAUGUGGGCGCAAUCCGUGAAACUUAGCCAAUAACCAAGAGAUCAUUGCUGUCUAAGUGAACACGUCACUUAGAUAAAUUUGGAUAGCUACAUAACAUACUUCUCGUAACAGGAUGACUAUGAAAAACGUCGGUUUUCAUUCAACAACAUGUACACGUUAACAUAAUGGCCAUUAGUAUUCAAAGUAUAAAAGCUUUGAUUAAAUGAUUUGAAUUUUUUUCAACAGCUUGAGAACAAAUAAUAUACAAGAAGCUUGGUCAAAUAUGUGAAAAGCUUACAGUUUUAUUUACAGAUAAUUUCCUCACUAGCUGAGAAGCGACACGUGCAAGAAGCGAUUGCUCGACGAGUGCGGCAUGCACCGAGCGACCGUUAUACGUCAGAAGGCUCAGGCCAUAUCUCAUAUCAGUGUUAUGAAGAUGCGCUUGUAAAAUCUGUCCUCACGCGUUUCGACGAAGGUGGCUCGCCUAUGAUUCUCGGGGUUCCACCGGGGAAACAGUAAAAAACUUAGCGGACAAAACCUUCGCAACCCCACCGUCUCUCCGCACGAGACGUCGAGCAUACGUCGAACGUGCGUACGUACGUACGUUCGAUUGUUUACACAAUCCCAUAUAUAAGGAGGAAGCACGGGAGUUUGACAAUCUCAGUUCACGAUCUUACGUCGAUCAAGAACAUUAUUCGGUGCUAUAUCGGUGCACUUUCCGUUGAGUCUCGAGAUUGCCCUUAAGUCUUGAAGAGCAGUCGCAAAGAAAUUCGCGAGAAUGAAUUCAAACAUGUUCCUUAAGAGGGUCUGCCUGAUCGCAGUCAUCCUCGCCGUUGCUGCGGCCGCUCCAAGAAGGACAGCCAGGUCGACGGUGCCAUCGUGGCACCUGCCGUGCGGCGAAGAUUUCGAGGUGGAAGUCGCGUCGUCGGAAAAUCUCGAGGAGGAACUGAGGAUCAGCCUGGAGAGCCUCAAGCUGCAGCAUCAGCUGACGAUGAACGACUACCUGAAUCGAGACUACGACUACUUGUACGAGAGAGUCAGAAUCGGCGUCCACGAUCAUCAGUACAUACCUAAUUGGGUGCCCGACAAGAAGGACGUGAAUCUCGUACGGAGACUGGCGAGCGCAGAUUCUCAAACGAUCGUCAACCAUUUCCCGAAGUUGCACAUGGACCUCCAGAAAUUCGCGGUGGCGUUUGAGGAGUUAAUCGAGGACGAGAUAUGGGAUACUCAGGUCCAGCAGGCUCUUAGGACGACCCAGUCGUACUUGAUGAUGAUGUUGUGUGAGGUCGAGAGCAACAUCCUCGCCCUGCCAUCGUUGCAACUGCCGACACGUGUCGAAAGGAGCAUUAUGAGCAGCGUCGAACGAAACCCCGUCGAUGACACGAGGAGGCUCGUCAGGGACUGGGGAGUUUUACUCAAAUACCGGGAUUAUCUACAUGCCUGGAGGCACGUAUUCAAGUAUUAGAGAUAACGAAAGCAAGCAGUAGACUGUCGUCAGCAGGUCAUCGAUCAUUCGCAGCCGCGAAUGACACACGAAGACGCAACAGUCAGGCAGGCGGACGCGACUGAUGUAAAUUAAUUUAGCACUUGCCGCGACUAUUGCUACAAAAGCGCGUCUCUGUCUCUGCAUGACGGUGCAGUUAACAUUGAAGUCAAUGACAAUAAUUGCCGGUCAUGUAGCGAAUGUUACGAGAUCGGGGAUUAUGAAUUCGCAGUUUCGCGAAAGUUUCCUAAAUUGUUUAUUGACGCGACUUAUUUCUCGCAUUUAUAUUUAUACUCAUUAUUUAUUGAAGUCAUUACUGUCGAUCAAAUAUUUAUUCUUCGAGCUAUUUAUUCGAAAGUAGUAUUUAUUCUUACAUAUAACAGAUGAUUUAUAUAGUAUUUUAAUUAUUUAUAAUUAUUUAUUUAUUUGACUUGAUAGUAUCUUCGCAAACUAUUAAUAAUGUAUAUCGUAGAAGAUAUCCUGCAACCACUAUCAAGUCUUAGGAAUCUAUGGUUGCAUUUUGUGAUAGUCACACGGCGACAAUCAUUUGUUGUGUUUUUGUUACACAAGUGAUCACUCGUAGUGAUACAUAAAUUAUGAAAGACAUUAUUUGUAGAAAAGAGACAACUUUUAUUUCACAC